AUGCCCAAGCCAAACGAGACUACCCAAAGACCCCCCUACCCAAAGACCCCCCCACCCAAAGACCCCCUACCCAAAGAUCUCCUACCCAAAGACCUCCUACCCAAAGACCCCCUACCCAAAGACCUCCUACCCAAAGACCUCCUACCCAAAGACCCCCCUACCCAAAGACCCCCCUACCCAAAGACCCCCUACCCAAAGACCCCCCUACACAAAGACCCCCUACCCAAAGACCCCUACCCAAAGACCCCUACCCAAAGACCCCCUACCCAAAGACCCCCUACCCAAAGACCCCCUACCCAAAGACCCCCCUACCCAAAGACCCCCUACCCAAAGACCCCCUACCCAAAGACCCCCUACCCAAAGACCCCCCUACCCAAAGACCUCCUACCCAAAGACCCCCUACCCAAAGACCCCCUACCCAAAGACCCCCUACCGAAAGACCCCUACCCAAAGACCCCCUACCCAAAGACCCCCUACCCAAAGACCCCCUACCCAAAGACCCCUACCCAAAGACCCCUACCCAAAGAACCCCCACCCAAAGACCCCCUACCAAAGAACCCCUACCCAAAGACCCCCUACCCAAAGACCUCCUACCCAAAGACCCCCUACCCAAAGACCCCCUACCCAAAGACCCCCUACCCAAAGACCCCUACCCAAAGACCCCCUACCCAAAGACCCCUACCCAAAGACCCCCACCCAAAGACCCCCUACCCAAAGACCUCCUACCCAAAGACCCCUACCCAAAGACCCCUACCCAAAGACCCCCUACCCAAAGACCCCUACCCAAAGACCCCCUACCCAAAGACCCCUACCCAAAGAACCCCUACCCAAAGACCCCUACCCAAAGACCCCCUACCCAAAGACCCCCACCCAAAGACCCCUACCCAAAGACCUCCUACCCAAAGACCCCCUACCCAAAGACCCCUACCCAAAGACCCCCUACCCAAAGACCCCCUACCCAAAGACCCCCUACCCAAAGACCCCCACCCAAAGACCCCCUACCCAAAGACCUCCUACCCAAAGACCCCCUACCCAAAGACCCCUACCCAAAGACCUCCUACCCAAAGACCCUACCCAAAGACCCCUACCCAAAGACCCCCUACCCAAAGACCUCCUACCCAAAGACCCCUACCCAAAGACCCCCUACCCAAAGACCCCCUACCCAAAGACCCCCUACCCAAAGACCCCCCUACCCAAAGACCCCCUACCCAAAGACCCCCUACCCAAAGACCCCCCUUUUUUUGUAUUUAA